AUGCCGGCCCCGGUCCCCAGCGUGUUCACCAGGGAGGACUUAAAUAUAAUCUCCUACAAUGUAAAGGGCCUCAAUGUUAGAGAAAAACGCACAAGACUCCUGAGGGACCUGAAACAAUACAGGACGUCGAUAGCGUUCAUCCAAGAAACGCAUUUUCAGGAGAACAGGGCCCCGGCACUGAAGGACCGAAACUUUCGAACGGGGUACUUCAGUAACAACCCAGAUAGACGAACGCAGGGAGUAUGCAUACUAUUCUCCAGCAGAAUCCCGUACAUAGAACAAGCCACCCUUAGAUGCAAACAAGGCAGAUAUAUUUUCACUAAAGGCACUAUCUCAGAUCAAACCUACACAUUCGCCAACAUCUAUGCCCCAAACACGAAACAAUACCACUUCCUCCGGAGCACUGUGGCUUCCCUGAUGAAGUUUACGGAAGGCACCCUGAUCAUCGGAGGAGACCUAAACCUGGCACUACACCCGGAUCAGGACGACACGUCCCCACAAGGAGCAACACCGCAAAACAGACAUGCGAAAACACUCCGCCUCCUACACCAACACCAGCUGGCAGACUGCUGGCGAGCAUUGCAUCCAACCGCCAGGGACUUCACCUUCUACUCAUCGGCACACUUAACAUACACAAGACUGGAUUAUUUUCUAAUGACACACCAUAAUCUGAACCUAUUAAACGCCGCUGAGAUCCUGCCAAUGACCUGGUCGGACCACUGCCCGAUUCGAAUGCGGCUGAAAUCGCCGCUAUACAGGCCCCGGCAGAUGUCAUGGAGACUAAACGAAUCGAUCCUCUCGGACGUGGUAGUGACAGAUAAGAUUAGUAACUCCAUACGAGAAUACUUCCAAACCAAUGAGACAGAAGACGUAACGCCACUAAUAUGCUGGGAAGCACACAAGACGGUAAUCAGAGGCCAGAUCAUCGCGCUAUGCGCAACCCGCAAGAAAGCAGCAAUGCAGGAAACGCUCGAGCUUAACAGAGACAUCGCAACCCUGGAGACCAGACACAAACGGACCUUGGACGCAACGACAUACCAGGAACUCACGGCCAAACGAAACCAACUCACCGCACAUCUCAAUCGAGCAAUUCAACGUUCAUACCAGCACUACAGACACAUGAUACAUGAACACGGGGAUAAAUGCGGAAGGCUGCUGGGAAACCUUCUGAAACAACGUAAAACCCAACUGUACAUCCCAAAGAUCAAAGACACGCAGCAACGACUUAAGCACCUCCCGGACCAGAUUGCGACAGAAUUCCGCACAUAUUACCAAGGCCUAUACCACCUCAGACAAGAUGAACCAGGAGAAUCGCAAUCGAGCAAACUCGCUGAAGUACGCAGAUACAUAGGCUCGGCGCAUAUGCCAGAAAUAUCAGAGACGGACCGAGAAGCACUAGAAGCCCCCAUCACGCCGGAAGAAUUGGCGUAUGCCAUCAAGAAGGCAAAAACGGGCAAGGCACCAGGGCCAGAUGGGCUACCCCUUCAAUACUACAAAGUUUUUACACAAGAGGUCGUGCCGCACCUACUGAAAGCCCUGA